AAACAAUCAUGUCUAGAGUAGCUGCAAAGGACAUCGAGGGUAGUCCCGCUAAGAACUAUUUGCCGCCAUUCGUCGCUGUCUACGAGGAGCAUACGGAGAUCGAGGCCACGGCCAAGAAGCAGACGCUGACAUCCAUGGCCAUCAUCAAGGGUGGGCAGAGGACGAGCCGCGCUAGCGAGGAGGUGGGGAGUGGCUUUUGGGUAGCCGUCAGUGGCUAUCGGCUGGAGUGCGCCGCUCUGGUCUAUCGCUUCUUUCUCGAUAUCGGGUACAUUGUGGACAAGAGCUUCACGAGCUCGGAUCUGAUGUAUCUGAAGUACUACUGCCUGAUGGACUGCGAGAUGGCGCUCAGCUACGAUGGCCAGAAGAUCGGCUACGGUGCCGAUAUACUCGUCAGCGUGAAGCCAGAGAGUCCCGUGUUCCAGAUCCGCAUCGAGUCCACAAAUGCUGCCUUUAUCGAGGACUCUGCAGUGAGCCAAUCGGCAGCUUGUGUCAUCGAUGUCGAAGCUAUUGAUAACCAGGCCCAGCCUCAGCCAAAGAAGAAGCCCAGCGCCCCAGGCAAGCGCGGAAAAUUCAAUUUGCUGCAAUGGCUAAAGCAUAAAAUCUCGUAUAUAUUCUAUCUGAAUGAAACUUAGGUUCAGUUCGGUUUAAUUAUUGAAUAAUAGGAACGCGGAAUGUCCAGUUUAGUUUAGAAAUUUCCAUAUUCCCGAUUACAGAAUUUUUAAUUACAAUAAAUCAAUUUAAAUAAUA